AUGGAUUGUAGUCAAAAGGAAGAGUCUUCAUCAUCUGACGGUUUGAUCGAGGUCGAGUUCAAGAAAUUCUGUGCUGAUUGUAAGACCACUAAAACCCCUUUGUGGAGGAGUGGUCCUUCUGGCCCCAAGUCACUGUGUAAUGCUUGUGGCAUUAGACACAGAAAGAAAAGGAGUCCCUUUGUGGGAUCGGACAGGUCUAAAGGCCGAGAGAGGAAAAAGGAUAAUCCCACCACUAUCUCCACCUCCGUGGCAGCCGCCGCAGUAGCAGUAGCAGCCACCACUUCCACCACCAAGAAUGGUGGAAAAAAGGGUAAAAUUAGAAAAUCAAACGAUGUCUUGAAAGUAAAUUUGAUGCCAUUGGGGAAGGAAGUGUUAUAUUUGCAGAGGCAGAGGCAGAAGUCAGCAAUGAAGAGGCAGAGGCAGAGGUCAGCAAUGAAGAAGCAGAGGAGUCCAAGGGAGUGGGGUGAGGUAGAAAGGGCUGCUCUGCUUUUAAUGGCUCUGUCUUGUGGUGCUGUUUUUGCUUGA